CUUCCCUUCUUUUGUUUCUACCCCAGAUUAGAAAGGAAGGUUGGAGGACUUGAGGAGGGAAGAGAAUGAGAAUGAUCUGGUGAUGGACCAUUCUAAAUCUCAUCUGAUAGAUUCUUCCUAGACCGCCAUGAGUCAGCCACCGACGGGGGGCGCUGCCCCUGCCACAGCUACAGCUUCUGCCGCCACCUCUGCCACUGAGGCUCGCCUGCACCCAGAGGGCAGCAGCAGAAAGCAGCAGCGUGCACAAUCACCUGCUAGACUAAGGGACAAUUCGGUCCGGCAGACAACUACGACCACCCGGUCCCCCGUGGGGACCGGCACUAAACUCAAUUCUGUUCGACUGCAGCAGCUGCAGCAGCAGCAGCAAGGCAACAAGACCGGGAGCCGCUCGGUGCCUCCGGCCAGCGCCCGCGGAGGCGGAGGCGGGGCGGAGAAGGCUGCGCCCCUGGCGCCCAAAGGGGCCGUGCCGGGAGCUGUCCAUCUCGCGGCUGGUGCUGAAGCGGCCCCCGCGGCGACCCUGGCCCCGGUGGGCGGCAGGAGGCCUGGCCCGACGGAGGAGCCUCCCCGGGAGCUAGAGCCCGUGUCCGCUAAACUCGGGGAACCCCCUCCGCUAGGGGAAGGAGGAGGAGGGGGUGGGGAAGGAGGAGGAGCCGGCAGCGGCUCCGGGGAAAGGGAGGGGGGCGCUCCGCAGCCGCCGCCGCCGCCGCCGCCCAGGGGCUGGCGAGGGAAAGGCGUACGAGCUCAGCAGAGGGGCGGCAGCGGCGGGGAGGGGGCCUCCCCUUCACCAUCCUCCUCUGCGGGCAAAACCCUAGGCCCCGGCAGCAGAAACUCCGGAAGCGGUGUUGUGGGGGGUGGCAGCGGUGGCGGAGGGAGCUACUGGAAGGAAGGAUGUCUGCAGUCUGAGCUCAUCCAGUUCCACCUCAAGAAAGAGCGGGCGGCAGCGGCGGCAGCCGCGGCUCAGAUGCACACUAAGAACGGCGGCAGCAGCACCCGCGGCUCCCCGGUCUCUGGCGCCCCUGCCAUUUGCGAGCCUCUUGCAGUCCCUUCCGUCUCCCCAAUGGCGGCGGCAGCGGAGGGCCCCCAGCAGAGCGCAGAGGGCAGCGCAACUGGAGGGGGCAUGCAGGCGGCGGCGCCUCCUUCGUCGCAGCCGCACCCGCAGCAGCUCCAGGAGCAGGAAGAAAUGCAAGAGGAAAUGGAGAAGCUCCGAGAGGAAAACGAGACUCUCAAGAACGAGAUUGAUGAGCUGAGGACAGAGAUGGACGAGAUGAGGGACACUUUCUUCGAGGAGGAUGCCUGUCAACUGCAGGAAAUGCGCCACGAGUUGGAGAGAGCCAACAAAAACUGCCGGAUCCUGCAGUACCGCCUCCGCAAAGCCGAGCGCAAAAGACUCCGCUACGCACAGACAGGGGAAAUCGACGGGGAGCUGUUGCGCAGCCUGGAGCAGGACCUCAAGGUUGCAAAGGAUGUAUCUGUGAGACUUCACCAUGAAUUGGAAAAUGUAGAAGAAAAGCGAACCACAACAGAAGAUGAAAACGAAAAACUGAGGCAACAGCUUAUAGAAGUUGAGAUUGCAAAACAAGCUUUACAGAAUGAACUGGAAAAAAUGAAGGAGCUAUCCUUAAAAAGAAGAGGAAGCAAAGAUUUGCCAAAAUCCGAAAAAAAGACUCAACAGACUCCCACAGAGGAGGACAAUGAAGAUCUAAAAUGCCAGCUGCAGUUCGUGAAGGAAGAAGCCGCUUUGAUGAGAAAGAAGAUGGCCAAGAUUGAUAAAGAAAAGGACAGAUUCGAACACGAGCUUCAGAAGUACAGAUCCUUUUAUGGGGAUCUGGACAGUCCUCUGCCCAAAGGAGAAGCGGGGGGCCCUCCCAGCACCAGGGAGGCUGAACUCAAGCUGCGGCUGCGACUGGUGGAGGAAGAAGCCAACAUCCUGGGCAGGAAAAUCGUCGAACUGGAGGUGGAGAACAGAGGCCUGAAGGCCGAACUGGACGACCUGAGGGGGGACGACUUCAACGGCUCGGCCAACCCCCUCAUGAGGGAGCAGAGCGAAUCCCUGUCGGAGCUGCGGCAGCACCUGCAGCUGGUGGAAGACGAGACGGAGCUGCUGCGGCGGAACGUGGCCGACCUGGAGGAGCAGAACAAGCGCAUCACGGCGGAGCUCAACAAGUACAAGUACAAGUCCGGCGGCCACGAGAGCGCGCGGCACCACGACAGCGCCAAGACCGAGGCUCUGCAGGAGGAGCUGAAGGCGGCACGCCUGCAGAUCAACGAGCUCAGCGGCAAGGUCAUGCAGCUGCAGUACGAAAACCGCGUGCUUAUGUCCAACAUGCAGCGCUACGACCUGGCCUCGCACCUGGGCAUCCGCGGCAGCCCCCGCGACAGCGACGCCGAGAGCGACGCGGGCAAGAAGGAGAGCGACGACGACUCGCGGCCGCCGCACCGCAAGCGCGAAGGGCCCAUCGGCGGCGAGAGCGACUCGGAGGAGGUGCGCAACAUCCGCUGCCUGACGCCCACCCGCUCCUUCUACCCGGCGCCCGGGCCCUGGCCCAAGAGCUUCUCCGACCGGCAGCAGAUGAAGGACAUCCGCUCGGAGGCCGAGCGCCUGGGCAAGACCAUCGACCGGCUCAUCGCCGACACCAGCACCAUCAUCACCGAGGCCCGCAUCUACGUGGCCAACGGGGACCUGUUCGGACUGAUGGAUGAGGAGGACGACGGCAGCCGCAUCCGCGAGCACGAGCUGCUCUACCGCAUCAACGCGCAGAUGAAAGCCUUCCGCAAGGAGCUGCAGACCUUCAUCGACCGCCUGGAGGUGCCCAAGUCUGCGGAAGACCGCGGCGCCGAGGAGCCCAUAUCCGUGAGUCAGAUGUUCCAGCCUAUCAUUUUACUUAUUCUCAUUCUUGUAUUAUUUUCAUCACUUUCUUACACAACAAUAUUUAAACUUGUCUUCCUUUUUACACUGUUUUUUGUACUGUAAAUCUUUCAUCAUUUACCAUUCAUUGUAGUAUUUUCAGUUUGUUUAUUUUGUUCACCCUUCAAGACAAGAAGUAAAAGAAGUAUAAUUUCUGUAGUAAUCACUGCUAUAAAAACACUGAAGACUGCUUAUUUCUUUAAAAAGACACCUCUUACCACUACCAAAUUCAAUAAGAAGCCCAAGCAUUAAAGUAUUUCAGGCUUUAUUUUAAAGGCAAGUGGGACUGCUUCAAAUAAAACAACUCCAAGCUUCCAAGAAACAGUUAAGAAGGCAGAGACAAGCAG